GCAAAAAUCCAGUUUAAUUGAAUAACACAAUUCGUGAAGUGAAGACAUACCGUUCAAAGGUGCUGAAUAAGCAACUUGUUUAGAAGAAAGCAAAAAAUCAAAGCUUUAAAUUUUCAAGUAUUAUCCUCAAACAAAGAGAAGCAACUGAAAGAAAGUGUUGAACUCGAAGGAAAUUAAAAACAAAAGCUGCAAAAAGCAACCGCAAGAUCUCAUUUGUAAUUUAUCAACUGCAAAACCAAAGUAAAAACAAAAUGUCUGAGGCUUAUUUCGAUGAAUACGAGCACUACAACUUCGACCACGACAAGCACAUCUUCUCGGGCCGCAGUGGCAAGCAACGCAGCAAGAAGGAGGCCAGCGAGCACACUAAUCACUUUGAUCCUAACGGACAUUCACGCAAAUUAGUUACUAAAUUUAUGAAUACCAAUAACAAUCGAAAGACGUGUGCCGCCAAGAAUUGAGUGUUGGUCCAAAGUGAGGAGGUAGAAGUAGUGCAGCAGCCGCAGCAGCAGCAGCAGAAACAGAAGCAGAAGUACAAACGCGUUAGUGAGGAGCAAAAAGUGAAAAAAUAUAUAAAAAUCGAAAAGGAGACAAAGCAGAAACCUAAGAAGAAGAAAGCGGGCUUAAUUGGAGCUACGUGGCGUCGUAAUAAACCUAACACAAUAAAAAAUUUUGAACGUUAGAGUAGAGCUUAUUGAGUAGAAGUGCAGAAGUUUGACUAAGGAGCAGAAGGAGGAACAGGAGGAUCGUCGUCUAGCAGCUGAAAUAGGAUAACGAGUUUUGGUGGGAUUUUGUACCAGGCGUAAGCUAAAUUAAGGAAAGGGGGUGCGCAGCGUCGCGGCGAAGUAUUAUUGACGGCCUGUGUUGACGGCCAACCACUUGCAGAAACUGCCAUUUCUACAUACUGACGUAUAAUUGUGCAGCGUAUGCAAGUUGGGCGGCGGUUCACACAUCAAAGCAAAUACAAAUACAAAAAGAAAUAUUAAAAUUAGAGAAAAAUUUGCAUUGCGAAUAUUAUUUAUGUGUGAAAAUUUUGAAACACAAUAUUUCGUACUAUUUUUAGCUAUAACGUUACUUCGUAACAUAAGUAAUUAGUAUAGAUAUACUGUUUCUGCAAAGUUUUAGGUAGUUUUCUUAAAACAAGUUUUUUUUUUAUAAACUCACAAAUUGUAUAACGUGACACAUCUCGCACCUGUUUAUGCAUUCUGUGUAAUGCACUAAUAACACUUUGGUUUAUUUAUGGUUUUAACAUUUGUAUUAAUUUCUUCUGAUAUUCAUAU